CCUAUUUUCGUUAUUUCCAAAAUACAGAAACUAAUAUAUUCCAAAACACAGAAACUAAUAUAAAAAUCAGAGAGAGAGAGAGAGAGAGAGAGAGAGAGAGAGAAGGAGAGGGAGGGUUUUCGGUGAGGAAACAGCGCUUGUAUAUCUUCUUUUGUCGCGGCGGAACCUAUCGCGCAGCCGAGAUAGAGAACGGAGAGUUGGUUUUGUCAGAUCUGAGGUUUUAGAGAGAGAAACAGGAGAGAGAGCAGCGAGGGCAAGAAAGAGGGGGAGUGCGAGUAUGAGUAGCCGAGGGGGAAGCGGCGUGAAUGGCAAGGGCAACGCCGGCGGCGGCGGAGCGCUGUCAUCGUCGUCAAUCCCAGCGGCGUCCCGGAAGAUGGUGCACAGCUUGAAGGAGAUUGUCAACUGUUCUGAGCCAGAGAUCUACGCCAUGCUCAAGGAAUGUAAUAUGGACCCCAAUGAAGCCAUCAACAGGCUCCUCUCCCAAGAUCCUUUUCAUGAGGUGAAGAGCAAACGAGAAAAGAAAAAAGAGAGCAAGGAUAUAACAGAACCUAGAUCUCGUGGCAUUAGUAGCACUUCAAAUCGUGGCAGUCGGGGUAGUACAGACCGUUAUGUUGGGCGUAGUGGCUCAAACCAAUUCAGCUCCACUGAGUCUGUUGUUUCAUAUGGUAAACCAGCAUCCAAGAAGGAUAAUGGACCAAAUGUCUAUUCAAGUUCUUCAUCUUCAGCAUCUGCUUUGGCAGGAAAUAAAUUGAGUUGGCGAUCAUCUGUCAUCGGUGAUCCUGUUCCUACAGAAAGUAAAAUGUCUGCAAUAGGAGCUGCUGAUGGUACUUCUUCAUCUUCACAGCCUUCAUCUGGGUUUCAACCUGCAUGGUUGGGGGUACCUGGUCAGGUAUCAAUGGCUGACAUUGUUAAGAUGGGCAGGCCGCAUGGCAAGGCUUCAAGUGAAUCAAAUCCAUCUCACCACAGUUUUAAUAAUCACCAUGUAUUGGCAUCUCCAUCUGCAGCGGCACACCAUGAUUUGCAUUCAUCUCAAGACCAUUCUUCUAAGGUGUCAGAGCUAAAUUCUGAGCCUGGAGUUGUCAUAAGUCACCAUGCUCCUCCAAAUGAUGAAUGGCCCUUGGUUGAGCAGCCACCAGCUGCUAGUUUGUCCUGUGUCUUGGAGCCACCUGAAGAUUCUGAGCUGUAUGCGGACUCAUCUAACUUGCCUACUGAUAUGACUAAUCAGCAUAUGAAGUCUCAGUCCCAUGAGGUUCGAGUCGUCGAAGAUGGUGCUAUAGAGAAUCUCAAUUCAAACCAUGUUGGAUCUGCUUCUGUCUCCACCUUACAAAUACAAGAGGAUAACUCUGGAGCGGCUUCUCUUUUUGAUAAUGGUUUGUAUGAGAACAUGAGCUCCUAUGAACCUCACAGACAUCCUUUUGAGCCUCAAGAAGAUGUAGGUGCCCCUGUAUCAUCAGUGGCUGAAAACCUGCAAGAUUUAAGUUUACAGGAGGAUCGACGGGCACAAUCUGAAGAGGACAACCAAUCUGUAAAAAUUCCAAAUCACCUUCAAGUUCAAACUGAACACUUAUCGCACUUGAGCUUUGGUAGUUUUGGAUCUGGUAUUAGUCCUGCUUUUCCGGGAUCAUUUGCUUCUAGGCCAUUAAAAAAUGAAGAUGUGUCUUCUGCUGUGGAUGCUUCAUCUGUUGGGCACUCAGACACUAGAAAUACCGAGUACUAUGGGGAUGAGCAUCUCAGAAGUACCUCAGAUGGAAAUAUAGUUCAGAGGAGUGGUGCGGGUGGUGGUAGUUAUGAUUCUCCUUCGGUUUCACAGCCUGAGGCUUUAAAGCAGGAAAAUCCAGAACCUGUUCAGGGAAAUCAUUACUCGUUUCCUUCUUCUGCACCUGGUUAUACCUUUGAAAGCACGCAGCAGUUGAAUCCAGCAUUCACUCAUUCACAGACUAGCACACAGCAGUUGAAUCAUUCUCCAUUCUCAAGUGCUUAUACAAAUUCAUUACCCAGUGCUUUGUUGCCAUCAACCAUCCAGCCUGUGAGAGAGUCUGACCUCGCCUACUCACCCUUCCCCAUCACACAAUCAAUGCCCCCAAAAUACAGUAAUACAGUCUCUUCCAUCAGCGGUUCAACCAUUUCUAUGCCAGAGGGCCUGAAGACAGGUAAUUUUUCUACGCAGCCAACUGCUCAGACCUUGCCUGGAACUAGUGUUGCCACAGGGCCUGCUCUUCCUCAACACCUUGCUGUACAUCCAUACUCUCAGCCCACCCUUCCUUUGGGACAUUUUACCAACAUGAUUGGCUACCCAUUCUUGCCUCAGAGCUAUACAUAUGUGCCGUCUGCUUUCCAGCAAGCAUUUGCUGGUACCAGCUCAUAUCAUCAGUCUCUGGCAGCAGUCCUCCCUCAAUAUAAGAAUAGCGUUUCUGUCAGCAGCUUGCCACAAUCUGCUGCGGUUGCCUCUGGCUAUGGGGCCUUUGGAAGUUCAACCAGCAUUCCUGGGAACUUUCCACUUAAUCCGCCUACUGCCUCUGCUGGCACAACAAUUGGCUACGAUGAUAUAAUGGGCUCACAGUACAAGGAUGGAAGUCCAUUGAUAUCUCUUCAGCAGAAUGAGAACUCAGCAAUGUGGGUUCAUGGGCCUGGCUCGAGAACAAUGUCUGCUGUUCCACCAAGCACAUAUUACAGCUUCCAGGGGCAGAGCCAACAACCUGCUGGAUUCCGGCAAGGACAACAGCCAGCACAGCACUUUGGAGCUCUUGGAUACCCAAAUUUCUACCACUCUCAAGCUGGGAUUUCACUGGAACAUCAGCAGCAGAGCCCUAGAGAUGGGUCUCUCGGCAGUUCCCAAAGCCAACAGUCAAAGCAGUCCCAACAGAUAUGGCAAAACAGCUACUGAUCUUAUCAUCACCUCGGUCUCCAAGGUCGUGCAGUGCUUGAAAAUGGAGAAUCAAGGAUUGAAGGUAGUCCAGCGGCUCAAUAACUAACCUACUUGAAAUGGUCCAAAGAGGACUGGACUGCUACUGCCCCCUGCCUUGAGGUUGUAUUCUAGAGUAUUUAUUGUCAUUUAUGUUAACAUAGGAACAUGUGUGCUAAUUUGGGUUAGUGAACAUUUUCUUCUUCCCCCGUUUCACCCUUCACCUUUUCCGUAGUAGUGAGAAAUUUGAUUCUGUUCCAA